AUCUUUUCCGGCGAAAACAAACGAGUACUACAUUACCCAUAAUCCCUCAUGAUAUGACAAACUUGGGGUCAAAGGGUGAGUUGAGGCGAAGCUGCUACGUAGGCUUGCCUUUAAAUCGACAGCAUGGCGUCGGAAUGCUCUGGGGUGUCCUCAAGCACAGAGAAUGCUGCUGUCCAAAUAGACACAAGCAGAGCAGAAGGUCCAGCUCACCCAGAAGAUGUCAAAACAGAUGAGAAAGGAGUCGACGUGUGCCCGUUCUUCCUGGAAGGGAAAUGCCACUUCGGUGUCAGAUGUCGUAUGUCUCACAGGUUAACACAGCUGAUCUGUGAAGUAACCAGCAGCUCGCUUGACCCAGCUAUGGCUACUGCAGACGUUCUUCUUCACGACCCGGAGGAAAAACGUGAUGAAGAAAAACAAAAGAACAAAGACCAUAGGCACAAAACCUCUAAGCCUAAAGAAAUCUCUUGGUACCCUGUUCUCCCCCCAGAUGUCAACAAAAAGUCUCGCAUGCGGACAGCUGAUGAUGUAAUCUCUCGGAUUCUCUGGGACUCUUCGGUGGACGUGUCCCAAUUCGUAGUGGGAUACGUGGACCGUUUCUUGGGCGUGAUGGAGCGCCCCUUCUCUGACUUCAACUGGGACACUAACCCACGUGACUGCGACUACACCGAGAUUGCCCUCCCCAGACACAGGAUCCAGUACUUCACCUACAGAAGUCACCGCGUCUGGGACCGGCACAGCAGGACUGACAGGGUGUUUGGGUCCACCGGUCAAUCUCUGGCUCCCCCCUUUGGAGGGGAGGAGGAAGUAGGAGAAACACAGCCUGACGACCAAGAGCAAAAAGAGAGAGUAACUUUGGAUCACCCAGAAUCAACAAGAGCGCAGCCACCUGCCGCUGUCGGGCAGAGAAUGGAGUGUACUCAGGCUGAGAACACACAUCUGGAAGAAGACAAGCACAGUGAGAUGAACGCUUGCACCUCUGAGUCGGCAUGUGACGUGGAAGAGGCUCCAAAUAGCGUGAAGGCCUUGACAGAUAAAGUAGGGCUGGGAUUAAAAGACGGAGACACCAAUGAGAAAUUGGCCAACGGGGAAGAAAGUUUUGAAGGCCAGAACAAUUUGAAUCUCUCGGCACCUCUCAAGCAGCGAGAAGAGAGGUGCGGUCAUUAUCGCCCUAAAAAGAAACCCACACACUUCAUCACGUUCAGGGCCAACACUCCUGCCAUCCUCAGCUGUUUCCAGCAGCUCCAGGAGGAGAUCUGCGCCCUUCUCCCGUCAUCCGCCCCUCACUGGCAGGACUCCGCCAGCCUGCACGUCACCCUGUGCCUCCUGGUCCUGCCGGGCCCGGCCGAAGUGGAGGUCGCAGAGGAGAUCCUCCGACGCUUUGCCCACUUUGAUCGCAACCCCCCGGUGACCGUGAGCUUCCCCGUAAAGCUGAAGCAUUUCAACGGCAGGGUGCUGUACCUGAGCCCCCAGCCUCAGCUUCCGCUCCAGCAGCUCAAUGGUGGCCUGCAGGAAGCCUACAGGAGCAAGGGCUUGCUCCACAGGAACUCCUACAACCCGCGCUAUCAUCUCACCCUGGCCAAAGUAAAGGACAGGGAGGGAGAACGCAUCUUCAAUGACGUGGGCGACCUGAAGGUGGGCAAAGGUUUAAAUUUUGGCCGUUUGCCUGUGAACUCCUUGCACCUUUGCGUCAUCGACGGUGCCGAUGUGGACGAUUUUUACGAGACUGUGUGCACAGUAACGCUUCGAUAACACUGGGGAACAAAAUAUUUGUUGAGUUAGGUCUGACAGCUGUUUUUAACUAAUUUUUGAGUGUGGAAUCCAAAACUGAUCUCAGUUUUUCUCCAUCACGUCAAGUUUUUGAACUAUAGAUCCCCGUUUUCUUAAAACAUAUGAAAAAUGCUGUACUUAACGGAUAUGUGCUUGCUUUAUAAAACCUUUCAAAUAUUAAUGUCAAUGAAAUAUGAAGGAAACAGGCAUGACUGCAGUGUUUAUUUAACACUAUUAUGUUUUACAAAGAAUGUGUUACAAUUCCUCUUAAUUCCUACUAUGCGAGCUUCCUGUUUGCAGAUAUUGAUAGUACUGACCUAUUGGGAGCUGCACACACCUCACCGCACUGUCUCAAUUGCGACUGCACAAACAAGUUGCAACGUAGCUCUAGAGUCUUACUACAGCUAAUCAGUGGAAUUGUGCUUAUCUGGAGGGUAAGCUGUGGAGAAAAAACAUGAAGUGCUAGAAAAUAACUGACUGCAAUUUUGGAAUCAGCGUUCCAAUUUUAUUUUAAUCAGCAUAAAAAUCUAACUCAACAGAAUUUUCUUUUCAAAUUGUUCCCCAGUGUAAUAGAUAGCUCACGUGCAGUGACUUCAUGCACUCACUGGACGCUUCACCCGGACAACACAGCAACAUCUGAUACAGGACCUGUAUCAUAAAGUCUGCCUUCACAAAAAUAAUCAUGCUCAGUUUGAGGUAAUUAUUCAGCAUUAUGUUUAUGGUGGACUACUGCACUGCAUUACUCAGAUUUAGGGGCGUAAAAGAUGACAAACAGCUCUCAGUAUGAUUUAGUGCACUGUAAAAUGCAUCCACAAUAAUAACCAUAUUCUUAAACGAAUUCCUCUCAUAACUGUAUUUUUAUCAUUGUAGCAGUGGAAUCAUUUAAACAGCCAUUGUAUUGGAUCUCAUUAAUUCAUUAGUAUGUAAUGUUGUGGUCGAUCAAUAUUUGUAUAAGGAUGUUCUUAUAACUUACAGAUCACUGGAUACAAGAACAUGGGGAUGUGAGAGAGCAGAUUGCCUGAAUCAAUCAUUUUUGGGGCAUAUAAUUUAUAUGAGUUGUAAACUUUUAAAUGGUCUAAUAACAAGUCUAUUAAAGGGUGGACAUGAGGAAACUAUAUGCUAGGCAUCAGGACAGGCUAGGGUUUUAAAGAUUAAUCUGUUAGAUAUCUGAAGAUGAAACAGGGUUACCAGAUAAAUUAUGUAGGGAAUUUGCGUUCAAAAUUAUUAUUUUUUUCAUUGAAAAGUAUUUUAUUUAGGUGGGAUAAACUCCUUCAGAUUUUGGAUCUCCUGGCAGAAUAAUGUCUGGAACUCAGGAAUGUGUGGAUGAUUUUAAUUAAUAUUUCACAUGUAGGCGGCACGGUGGCCGACUGGUUAGAGCGUCAGCCUCACAGUUCUGAGGACCCGGGUUCAAUCCCUGGCCCCGUCUGGGUGGAGUUUGCAUGUUCUCCCCGUGCCUGCGUGGGUUUUCUCCGGGCACUCCGGUUUCCUCCCACAUCCCAAAAACAUGCAUUAAUUGGAGACUCUAAAUUGCCCGUAGGCAUGACUGCGAGUGCGAAUGGCUUUUUGUUUCUAUGUGCCCUGCGAUUGGCUGGCAACCAGUUCAGGGUGUACCCCGCCUCCUGCCCGAUGACAGCUGGGAUAGGCUCCAGCACGCCCGCGACCCUAGUGAGGAGAAGCGGCUCAGAAAAUGGAUGGAUGGAUGGAUGGAUGGAUUUCACAUGUAUACUGAGGCACCAUAGAGCCAAUAUUACAUCCCAAAUACUAGAAAAAGUUGGUUUGUGAAAUAUGGACCUUUAAAUAGGGUUAGGGUUAGGUAUGUAUUUUUGUAUUUGUAUUAAUUUUAAUCAGAACUUGCAGGAAUCAAAAGAGAUUUUACAUAUUGAUCAUUUGGCAUAUUCACCUCACUUUACUGUGAGUUUAUUAUUCAAUAUUUACACUGCUUCAUUAUUACAUGCAGUACUUUCAAAGAAGACCAACCGUUAGGCACACUUUCUAUGCGAUACCUUUUGGUAAACAGCUCUUGUAUGGGAUUACAAUGUGGAGGUCUACUUACUAUGAUGGCUUGUUGGUGUAAAGCAAUGUCAAAUCCCUAAUGGAGACCAUGUUAGGCACAGUAGUAUUCAUAUGCUUCUUUCUUUCUCAUAACCAUAGUGCUUCUGAGAUACACUUCAUGGUGCUAUGUACAAUCAAUGUACUGUAUUGACACAGUAUAUGCACCUGCAAUAAAUGUUUAUGUGCGGCUCAUAAAUCGUUUGAGGCGAAGAAAUUGCGUUUAUUUUACAUCAAUGACUUAGCCAAAGUGCUUGUAUUGCGUGGCUCAUCAUUCCAGGAUUUAUACAAUUUCUUUUCGAUGAAUAUUGAAUGGACUAUGUUCCACAAGUGUAAUUCUUUUUUUGGGAGGUGGGGGGGGCAAGACCAAUUAAAAUCAAUAUAUCGUCAAGGUUGUUCAUUAUUUAGCUGUGAAUGCGAGUGGUGGUAUUUUAUGUGGUUGAUGAGCUGUAUUGGGUUGUGCUGUGGUCGAGCAUGAGGAGCAACUCUUGCAUACAUAACAACAUUUUCUGUCUUUGCCGUCUUCUUCCUGGAGACACACACACUUGCACACUAUACAUAGACUCCAA